UUAUUGUAAUAACAUUAUUGUUUUUCCCAUUCCACAUUACGUAAAUCUUCUAUUCUAUAUAUAGCAUGUAUUUUAUAUUUAUUUCCUAAAAUAUACUUGGAGUUUGAAUUUUAUGAACGAAUCUGUCAAAUUCCAAAGUUCCGUAAAACCAAAACAACAUAACCUCAAAUUGUUGCAAAAUUGUGCUUCCGAAUUAAAACUAAACUUAUUUCAUGGUGUAUAAAAAGAGGAACAAUGGGGGUGCGAGGUUUAACUACUUACAUAAAUUAUAAUCAAGACGCGAUACUUCAAAAAUUUUUUCUUCACGAUAUCAAUUUAGUCGUAGACGGGCAUAGUCUUUGCGCCCAACUAUACGGUUCAUUGAACUGUUUCUCUGCUUUUGGUGGAGAUUAUGACAAAUUCGCCUCGUACACGCGCAACUUCUUUAAAAACCUGCGAAAAUGUAACGUGAAUCCUUACGUGCUCUUUGAUGGCAGUUUGGAAACGAGGAAACUAAGGACGGCUUUUAAGAGACUGCGAUCUAAAAUAAAUGGAGCUUCGCGACUCGAUCCUGUGACGCAAAAUAGUCUAAAGAUCUUCCCUCUGUUGUUGCGAGAUGUUUUCAAAGAAGUGCUGGUGGAAAUGAAGGUGCCAUAUACUAUUUGCGAGUUUGAGGCUGAUGAUGAAAUAGCCGCGAUGGCUAGACAUUUAAACUGCCCGGUGUUAAGUUACGACUCGGAUUUCUUCAUAUACAAUGUCUUGUACAUACCAUUCAAUACACUGGAAUCCAAGCCACAGCAAAUAAUCGAAGGUGACUUUAAAUAUUAUGCCUUAGAAUGCAAGAUUUAUAAAGUUGAAAAUCUAACUGAACAUUUUGGUGGCCUUGAGCAAGAGAUGCUGCCUUUAUUAGCGACACUGCUUGGCAAUGACUUUGUUGAAAAAAGGGUAUUUAACAAAUUUUUUUCACAGUUGAAAAUGCCUAAAAGUAAAAAGAAAAGAAAUGAACAACAAAGAUGUAUCCAUGCUCUGUUUAAUUGGUUACAAAAUGAAACUUUAGACUCUGCUGUAGCUAAAAUUAUAGGCCGCUUAAGGAAAAGUCAGAAACACAAAGUAUUUGCCAUUAUUAAAAAAAGUCUAGCUGGAUACAGCCGAACCCAUUGUCGAUCUUUAAAAUAUUUUAAUAUUGAUGAUGGAGUUGUAUCUCUUGAGUAUAAUUUGGAAAUGCCUGAAGAAUCUGAUAAUGAAGAUACUGACAGUUUAUCUGGGGAGAACAAUGAAUCAUCUGAUGAUAGUUCACUUGAAGAAGAAGAAGAAAAAGUUGAGGAGGAAGAAGCCAUUCCUUUGGAAGAUAGCCUUGUUUUAGGCCUACCAGACUGGAUUGCAGAAGGAGUUAGGAAUAAAACUAUUCCACGAUCAUAUCUUAACUUGUAUACUCACCACUUACAUUUCUGUUCGCCUCAAGCCGAAGACUAUACUGACGAAGACUCAUUUCUUUGCACUCUGCCGAUUUUAAGAUAUGCCUUUGACAUUAUGACUGAUUUCUCUCAUGAAAAUUGCAUCUACGUGAGUAGGGAAAACGACAAUUCUUACAAAAAAAUCUUUGUAGAUAUAGACUAUGCAGUACCUAGGCUUUUAGAAAUUCCAUAUAAUGAGUUAUCAAAUGACCAGCUAAAUCAAUAUUUCUUUCAUUUUCUAAAAGAAAAAUUACCUAAUUUCAAUAUGGAAUUAAUAAGAUCACUACCUCAAAAUUUUCAGCUGUACAUGAUAGCUAUAUUGUGGUGGCUUGCAUAUUGUAACGUGCCAUUAGCUCAUGUACAUAGUUUAUUACUAUGCUACACAAUGUUGGAAGUUAUUGAUGAGAAAACUGGCACAUUUCGUGGUCACAAUUUCUUCAAUAACAAGUAUUCAAAGAAGAUACAAGAAUUUAAGAAAAGGAACAAUUUUGAGAUUGACGUUGAUGAAACGGAAUUAUUCUUGAACAAAAAUAAAGUUCAGUACGAAGAUUGUUUAAUAGCUGCAAAUGUUCUGCUGAAACAUUUUGAAAUUGAUGAUAGUAUACGAAAGAAACCGAAGAGCUAUGACAUUAAAAGGAUGCAUUCUUUUGCUCAGUUCCAAUGCUGUCUAUACCAAUUCAACUGCCUAAAUACUCUUUGUAGGGAACCUUUGGAACCUACAAAAAUUUCCAAGUCUUACAAUGGUACCUUUAUUUACAACAUAGCAUUAAAACUAGAAGGUCAAACGAACCCAUUACAGUAUUUUGAGCAAUACCUAAAGGGCGCAACAUCUGUAUUGAUGUUUUAUAAAAGUUUAUUGUUUGUAUACAAUAAAUGUGUAAAAGAGAUGAAAUUAGAGACGGUGGUUUGGUCUGGGAAGAAGCGAAGAAGAAGGAGAAAGAAUGCGGUUGAAGAGGAAGUUAACUUUAUUGUUAAAGGAUUUGAAUCCGAAGUUGUAAUAUGACAAGAAAUAAAUAAGUAUAGCAUUAUUAGUGUUUUCAAUGGUUUUAUUUAGAUAACUCUACAAUUAUUUAAUUUUAAAACAAGAAUAGGUAUAGGUACCAACUAUGGUACUAGCCCUUUAUAAGUAUUGAUACAAAGUUUGGCGUCGUAAAAUAUAUGUUUGAGAUA